AUGGCAAAUCUCCAGGAAAGUGCGGCCACUUUCGACUUCGAUGAUAGACUGGGCCUAGUCUUCAUCGUAGAGGCAGCAACACUAUCAGUACUGGCUAUCACAACUCUUCUGGCAUACAUUACUUAUAGCGCUGUCACAAUUCGAAUGGGUGCUACCCGCAGGUGGUCGACAGACACUCACGUUCAUUAUUAUUUCUUAAAUCUAAUGCUCUUUGACCUCAUUCAAGCAAUCGGGGGGAUGUUCAAUAUUCUGUGGAUUGAUGCUGCUGGGAUAUACCCCGGCACCAUAUGCACUGUGCAAGGUGCCUUCAAGCAUGUGGGCAAUACGGGGGCAGCUUUCAGCACAAUAUUUAUCGCCCUGCACACGAUGCAGGUGCUGGUAUUGAGGUGGAGUACCCCUCCAAAGGCAGCGCUACUUGGCUCAGCCAUUAUAUGGGGAAUCGUUGGCCUGAUGGUUGGGAUACCGAAUAUAUUGAUUGAUAAUUUCUAUGGACCCACCGGGCAUUGGUGCUGGAUCGAACGUAACAACUUCCAACGAAUAGGUCUUCAAUACUUGUGGAUGUGGUUUGCGGCAUUCAUCACUAUCGUUGUUUACAUCUUCCUUGCUCUUGUGGUCAAACGGAUCAUUAGAGUUGAUGGAUACAGGAUUCGGUGGACGUCGCCCGAGAUCCGGAGUGUCACGCCGUCCGAUAGUUCUGACCCUCGACAACGGGGGGAUGAAGGAGCCAUCGCGCUACGAAUGCUUUUUUAUCCUGCGGUCUACAUUGUCACAGUGUUGCCUAUCACUGCUGCCCGCUUCACCCAGUUUCAUACACAAAAAGUCCCGUGGGGAGUGACUGCUUGGGCAGAUACACUUCUUCUCUUGUCGGGAUUCUUCAACACGAUCCUAUAUACGCUGACGCGCCCAAAACUCCUUCCGCACAGACGUCGGUCGCCCUCGCGGGUUGUUCUAACAUCCACGGGCUCAAACCAACAAUUUGGUAGGACUACUAAUCGGUUCCAAAACCACAAACACUAUCCCUUCGAUACAAAAACUGAAGAAGGAGAGCUCCCUCCUAUGAGUUUUGAACUUGGAGAACCCCAGCGCUCCUCGUCAGAGUUGCGCUUUGCUCACCCUGUAAUAUCAAACGUCGAGCAAUGAUUGUCUUGUAUUUUUAUGGGACACGAUUCCCGCCAAUCAUCCGUGUGCUGCUUCAUGCUUGGAUAUGACAGUGCACAGAGUCCAGAUUCCAUACUUGUAUUAUAGUAUAUUUACUCUAGCUUUAACAUGUAGAUGACGUCCAGUUAGUGUUAUAUUGCAGUUGGUUUUGAC